UAGCAGGUCAGAGGAAGACCCUUGCAGGGAGUUUCAGCUGAUCUCCAGUCUCGAUAAGAACAGAGCUUUCCCCUGAAGGGUGGGCACUCCUGCAGACGCUGUGCUGCACACAUUGUAACCAGAGCUUUCUGUGAAGUUUGAUCUUAUAGGCUUGAUCUGCUCUUCUAUGCAAGUAUUUCCUGUGUUCAUUUUGGCACGGCAAAGGCGAGCGGGAUAACUGACAGAAUGGAAUGUUGGAGUGUGAAUCCUUUUCUCCUGAUACUCCUUGCUGGGCUCUUACAUACUGUCACAGCAGUAGAGAUAAAGCUGGACAUGGCUCCCGAUGCUGUAGAUGCCACCUUCUCAGAGUGUCGUGACAAAAUGAUGCAGAACGUUACAGCACCAGGCGGCCUGCUGCAGGAAGAGCUUGAGGCUUCUAAGGAUUUUGCAGACAUGUGGAGGAGUCACAGUGUAACUUGUGAGAAGCAAAUUUAUGGAGGGCGAGCACAUCACUUGGCUGCACUGCAGGCUUAUGGGAAUUCUAGAGUUCAGUUCCGAAAAAUGUUUAACAGACUUGUUCAGACCAAAGGCAGCAACUCCACAACAUACAUCAACGAAUUUCCCUUCAAGUCUCUUCACUUCCUGCUAACAGAUGCCUUACGACUUCUUAACCCUGGCAAAACAUGCUCCACCGUGUACUUUGGCACAAAAAAACAAUAUACAGCAGAAAACGGGACAGAGGUGCGUUUUGGGAGGUUCAUUGCUGCCAGUAUCGAUAUGAGCCAUGAAACUGAAGCUGCUGAGUCAGAAGAAGGCACACUGUUUAAAAUCAGCUCCUGUUCUGUGGUAAAUGUUGAGAACUACACGUGCAAUUCUGAGGAAAUUGAGCAGCUUAUUUCCCCAACUGAGGUCUUCAGAGUGCAGAACAUCGAGGCUGAUUCAACUGAAGAUGUUGACUAUAAAAUAAUAACUUUAACACAUUCACGCUUUCUGAGCAAUCAUGACUGCUACCUUUUUCCAAGCUCUCCGACCCCUCUCCCGACAGCUCGUGAGACAUUAAGCAACAGGCCUGCUGGUGGAUCCUCCAGUCCACUGCUGAGCUCCAUGGUUCUGGCACUGAUGGCAUCCUUUCUGAGUCUAUACUACUGCACCAUUACACAGUGACUCACACAUCCAUCUGUACAAACACAAGCAGCAACAACACCUGCAGAAUUAGGCUACAUUAUAAUAUAGUCAUCUUUAGUCUCACAGGGCCAGACAUGUAUUCUCGUUUGUCAGAUCAUGAGCCACUCCCAAAUUCCUGUAAUCUGAAGUACAACUGAUAACACAAGCGAGCAAAUCUAAUUAGCGAAACACAAUUAGCCAAAUGACCACACUGACAACAUACAUCUAGGGACCUUUCAGCAAUGCGAACUCGCAUUACAAUUGCAGACUAAUGAUGGGUUAGAUGUCAGUUGGACAAUGAUGAUGAACAGACCCAUACCCCCUAUUUUGAGUUCCGCCUUCACGAGGUGUUGGACUGUUUUUGAAAUUUCACAAUCAGUUUAUUCUGACCUUGUUAAACUUACAUUCCCACCUAUAUUUAACCCAAAAAUUCUCAUUGUUGUCCCAACCGUUGGUUGCCAUGGUCUCUUGUACAGUAAGCAAAUGCCAUAGCAGUACCCUGUCCUUUACUGACUAUUGGUUAUAGAGUGUAUACAAAAUCAAUUUGACCACAAAUUGAUUUGAUAUUAGCAAAAUCUGAUGUGUUCCUAUUCUAGAGAGUAAUUGCAGGUCUAUAAUUGUGACCUCUGUGUAGUGCAUCAUAUUCUGUGCAGUCAGUAUGACAAGAAAACUGUGGUGUUCCGUCUAUUUGUGGUGAAAACAUGGCCAAUGUUCUUCCAUCUCAAGUAGGAACAAAUAUCUAGGAACCAAAAAAGAUGCACACUGUUUCACUGUCGCGAGUAUAAAUCAUGUAUCACCCUGCCUAAUUCCCAUUGAUGACUACCAAAAUUUUCCUUCUAAUUUUGCAUAAAAUGAAACUUUGCUUACCUGUA